ACCGCGUUUCGUCGUGAACUGCAUAAAUUCGCGUUGUUCGGCAAAAGUUACUAAUAAUUUUCUAAGCGGCUAGUUGAACUGUUAUAAUUUAAUCUUAGCAUAAGCAUUUUACCACCCGACACCGGACUAAUGUCCACGCUAUAAGAAAGCGAAAAAUUCAUUGCAGCCAAGCGGAAAAAGAGAGGCAUUGGGAAAAAAGGCCUACGACCAUGGACGUGUCCCAGCCGCCGCCGCAGCUCCUGACCGCGCCAUCCGCGCUGGCCACCAAUUUCACAUCACUCCCGCCCCCCAACAUGGGCGGCCAGCACUACCGGCACUACCAUCCACACCAUGGGUCCAACAAACACGGUUACAACCAGUUCAAGCCUUUCAUGCCCGGCGGCUUCCAGCGUCCCUUUGGGAUGUCCCAGGACGACUUCGACGGCAAACGGCUGCGAAAGAGUGUGAUGCGAAAGACUGUGGACUAUAAUGCGUCUAUUAUCAAGGCGCUUGAGAACCGCCUCUUCCAACGUGAUCAUCGGGACCGGUUAGCCUUACAACCAGACAGCAUUUAUGUGCCCCACAUGUUACCGCCCUCGGCAUAUCUGGACAAUCCUUCUAAUGCGGUAACUACGAGAUUUGUUAAAACGGCGACGAAUAAAAUGCGAUGUCCGAUUUUCACGUUGGCCUGGACGCCGGAGGGUAGGCGUUUGGUCACCGGGGCCAGUUCAGGCGAAUUCACGCUUUGGAACGGCCUGACUUUCAAUUUCGAGACCAUUCUACAGGCUCACGAUAUCUCUGUGCGAACGAUGGUAUGGUCACACAACGACAGUUGGAUGGUGACUGGCGAUCAUGGCGGCUACGUAAAGUACUGGCAGUCCAACAUGAACAACGUCAAGAUGUACCAGGCGCACAAGGAGGCGAUUAGGGGAAUAAGUUUCAGUCCCACGGACAGCAAGUUUGUCAGCGGCAGCGACGACGGAACCCUUAGGAUAUGGGACUUUAUGCGGUGCCAGGAGGAGCGAGUGCUACGAGGCCACGGAGCAGACGUCAAGUGUGUGCACUGGCAUCCUCACAAGGGAAUGAUCGUCAGCGGAAGCAAGGACAACCAGCAGCCCAUUAAAAUUUGGGAUCCCAAAAGCGGCAUUGCUCUGGCAACGUUACAUGCCCACAAAUCUACAGUGAUGGAUCUGAAGUGGAAUGACAAUGGCAACUGGCUAGUCACUGCAUCAAGAGAUCAUUUGCUCAAGCUUUUCGACAUUCGCAACCUGCGGGAGGAGGUGCAGGUCUUCCGUGGCCACAAGAAGGAGGCCAGCUCCGUAUCCUGGCAUCCAAUACACGAGGGUCUCUUUUGCUCUGGCGGCUCAGAUGGCUCCAUUUUGUUCUGGAAUGUUGGAACCGAUAAGGAGAUUGGCUGUGUAGAGACGGCACAUGACAGCAUUGUAUGGACACUGGCAUGGCAUCCACUGGGCCACAUUCUGUGCUCCGGCUCCAAUGAUCAUACGAUUAAGUUUUGGACCAGAAACAGGCCUGGAGAUCUGAUGAGAGAUAAAUACAAUCUAAACACAUUACCCGCCAGCUUGGCUGCUCUGGACGAGUGUGAAUACGAUGAUGCAAUUAUACCCGGAAUGGGUCCCGAAGACCGGGUUGAGUUUACUGAAAGCUUAACAGCCGAUAAAGGCUUUAUUCCCGGUCUGGACUUGGAUCCAAGUAGAGCCAUCAACGAUCGCGACCGGGAGAAGAAGGUGCCCUACAGCAAGCCCAUUCCUCGCAACUUCCAGGUGAACUGGGCAGGUCCACGCAGAGCAGACGAUCCCAGCGUGCUUAGCAUCCACGAUGAGCUAGCCGCUCGCGAGGCCAAGGACUCAACAAGUGGUCUAAACCACCAGCAGAUCAGCGAGAAUACAAUGGAGGGAAUCGCGGCCAGCGGCAUGCUCAAUGGCCUCGACCCUCAGACAAUUGUAGGGGUACUUGUGUACAAUCGGUUUAUUCGCGUGCAUCCCGACUCCCGACUGAUGGCAGCUAUUCGCCAGGGUAACGAAUUCCUCAACAAGUACAUCGACGCCGGCAAGCUAGAGGAGCUCAAUGACGUGGUUCCAGUAAGGGAUCGAUCCAGAUCUGUUUCGCCUACGGUGGAGGCACGUGGCGAGGUAGUUUCUCCACCUACAAAGAAGUCCCGCUUUGAGCCCCGUCAACACAACGCUCAGUUGGUGUGUGUUCGAGAACUGCUGCAACUCAAGAAGCCCUUCCUGCAGUCGCUGGUGGCGGCGAAAGCACAGCAACCCAACACGGAAUUUGUGGACGAACCGCCACUGGAGCAAAGGGAAAGGGAGCGCGAAAGGGAACGAGAUGGUGAACUCGACAGGGAACGAGAGUGGGAACGUGGCCGUGAACGCGAGAGAGACCAAUCAGGGGGCAGGCCCAACCCUUGGGCAUCCAAUGCCCCCUGGUCAAAUAAUGGCAGUUCGGGAGGCAACGGAUCCAAUGGCUUCAGCAACAAUGGAGCAGAUAACUUCAACGAUCGAGACUUCCAAAAGGGCGGAAAUAACGGAGGAGGUGGCCAACGUCGACGACGAGGCAACAAUAAUUCCGGUUCUGGUGGCGGUGGAGGAGGUGGAGGUGGAGGCGGAGGCGGUGGUAAUGGCAGAAAUCGCGGACGCAACAAUAACAGGCGCUACUAAUCGCUAUCCCACCAAUACACCCAUAUACACAUUCUUCAGUUAUAAGCCAUUUUCUGUCGUUGACUCAAUCUCUUACAUUUGCUUCUUAAUGCUAAAAUCAAUUUAUAUUGUUUUAAAAGGAAAAAAAAUCAGAUUGUAAAUUAGGA